AUGCUCAGGGUUGGGUUCCCCUUGAGACUCCUCGAAACCCCUUCACCAAGUCGGAUCUUUUUUCUGUCAUUCACAUUCCUCGGAGGCUUUAUAGGACAGACAAAGCAUCUGACCGACGUGGGCGUUAGGCCACGUACCUCUCAGGAGCAGGCAAAUCCAGAGAUUUUGCCUGAUUGUCGAGAAAUUCUGAAAAGAUCCAAACGACUUGUGACGAGUUUGGGCAUCGGUCCCGCAACUCCAACUCUUCUGCCGACCCUAAUUAGACGGUACCGAUGGGCAACUUCUUCGCAUCCCUUGGCUCGGCGCAACAGUGUCGGCCAGUUUCCCGCAUGGCAACAGGUCGACAACACGACUUCGAUCGACAAUCCUACUUGCAAGAGGCCGACACCACCAGCAAUUCCGUUGGCUCCAGACCUAGACCCCUCCAGCUUUGCGUCGGCGGCGUCACCGGCGCCGAAUACGGACCAGCCCGUGGAUCUGUUCGCUAUGUGUAGUCUGGCAACAGGCAGUGCCGUGGAGGCGUUGCUGGCGGAGAGCCGAAAUGCCAUGAUUUCGAGCCCACUGCAACCCGAAGAGCCCGCCUCUUCAGAACCAGGUGACCAUGACCACAAAACUGUAUGUCGUGCAGAGUGGCAUGGAGACAGAGAUGGAAUAGCUGAGGAGAAAGAGGGAUCCGAGGGAGCGAAGGAACCGUCGGGAUGGUCAAGUAGGGCGGUAUCUUGGGCCCUUGUUGGUGCCGGCUUGAAGAAGGCUUCGGCUACACACUUUAUCCACACAACGGCGAAGAGGUGA